AUGACUGAAGAAAACAGCCAAGUUAGCAAGUUAGAGAAUAACCAGGCAGUCAAUGCCAUGUUAAAACAUGUUACUGCCAGCAACUGCAGUAUUGUAAGUCAACAGAGAGGCGAUGAAGAGCUAUCGAAUGAUGAUAAAAUGAAUCGGUUAAUGCAAAUACUCCAUCAUCAACCUGCAACAUUUCUAUUCCGAUUUGGCCAAUAUUUAAAUCCAAGUCAUCUCAAGUAUUUCGAACAAUUCCACGAUAACUUUACUAUCAGUCAUUAUCUACGUCAAAUUAAGGAAGGAUUGGACGAUUCUAAAAUGAAAGUAAGGGUACGCAAUAGACGUUACGAAUGUUUGCAACGACUAAUCGAGGAUGGUAAUUAUUUUGAUGAUGAAGAAAUGAGAAAACGAUGCCCAUAUUUAUAUGAGCAAUAUAUCGGUCAAUAUUUGUCAGCCGAUGAAAAGAAUGAAAUUGCUCUGCGCCAUUCAGCAGUGUCUUUAUCGGGAUAUUUGCACUAUCUAUUAGAUGAAUCGGAAACCAAGGCAUUACUGGAACAUCGUCGAAAACGUGAAGAAGAAAUCACAGAAGAGGAAGAAGACGAUGAUGAUGAGGAUGAUAACGAUCCUGAUAAGAAUGAGCAAACCAAGGUUAUUAGCGAUGAAGAGAAAACAAGAUCUCGUCAAGAAUUUGUAAAUAUUAUGAAAACUCGCUUUCUAAAUGGAGAAGAUACCGAAUUUGAUUAUGGCAAAAUUGAUUAUGAUGUUGAAUACGAUUCUUUAAAAGUAAGAACUCAAGAUGAAGAAGAUCGUUACUUUGAUGGUGAAGAUUCUGAAACUUGUAGUGAUUAUCAAAAUGAAAAUGAUGAUAAUGUUAUUGACUAUGACGAUGAACGAUUUGUAACUGAUACUAAUUAG